AGCUUAGAGAGUUGUUAAUAUUUAUUUCCCACUUCACUGUAUUCUUACGUCAUUUCUGUGCAAAAACAUAAAUGCUUCAAAUCAGCAACUGCCAGGAGAAAGGGAAGUCAAAAAGCAGAUAAAAGAUGCUAAGAAGGGCUAAAGAGGUGAAGUCUGACUCUCGCUUUGGAACAUGAAUUCUAGAGCUUUACAACACUGUGCUCUGUACAUCCUGAGUCUGGCAGUGCUUGUUGCUGGGACUGUCCACCCAGAAUGUGACUUUAUGACAGAGCUGAAGGAAAAAGAAGCCGAAUGUCUGGAGGACUCAGAAGAGCGUGGAAAUGCAACACAACCAGGUUGCAAGAGAACUUGGGACAAAUUACUGUGCUGGCCAGAGGCAGAUGCUGGAGAGACCCUUGCCUUACCAUGCCCAAACAUCCUUUCUCACUUCAUGAAGAAGCCAGCUGGAAUAGUAAAAAGGAACUGCACAAAGAAAGGCUGGUCUGACUCAUUCCCUCCCUACCAUAUUGCUUGUCCAGUAGAAGAUGAGAUUCCGCUUGAAGAACAAUCCUACUUUUCUACUAUAAAGAUCAUCUACACUGUAGGGUACAGUGUAUCCAUCACCUCACUCAUUAUUGCUGUCACAGUCCUUAUUGCAUUCAGGAGGCUUCGCUGUCCCAGAAAUUAUAUCCAUGUACAGCUCUUUUUUACUUUCAUCUUAAAAGCUAUCGCUAUUUUCAUUAAGGAUGCUGUACUUUUCCAAGAGGAAGACAUUGAUCAUUGCAGCUUCUCUACAACUGAAUGCAAGAUCUCAGUUGUUUUCUGCCACUACUUCAUGAUGACCAAUUUCAUGUGGCUGCUAGUAGAGGCUCUUUACCUAAACUGUCUACUACUCUCAUCUCUUUCGCAUGGAAGAAGAUAUUUUUGGUGGCUUGUUCUCUUUGGCUGGGGUUUUCCUACACUUUUCACGCUUAUAUGGAUAUUAGCGAAAUUCUACUUUGAAGACACAGCAUGCUGGGAUAUUAAUCAAGGCUCUCCUUACUGGUGGCUAAUCAAAGGACCUAUUAUAAUUUCUGUUGGGGUCAAUUUUAUCCUAUUUAUCAACAUCAUCAGAAUUUUGCUGAAAAAACUAGACCCUAGACAAAUCAACUUCAACAACUCUUCUCAGUACAGACGCCUCUCAAGGUCAACUCUGCUUCUAAUUCCAUUAUUUGGAACCCAUUAUAUUGUCUUCAACUUUCUUCCGGAAUAUACUAGCCUGGGGGUUCGUCUUUACUUGGAGCUCUGUAUUGGAUCUUUUCAGGGGUUUAUUGUAGCAGUUCUAUACUGUUUCCUGAACCAAGAGGUGCAAACGGAAAUCGGACGGAGGUGGCACGGAAAGAGAUAUGGACUUAUGCCAGUGUGGAAGAGGACAAGAUGGACCAUGCCAUCUAGUUCUGGAGUAAAAAUGACCACAUCUGUGUGCUAAAGAUGGCUUCAGGAUCUGGAGUAAUUACAUAUAACAACCUGAUUAGGAGAAAACACAAACAACAAACAAAGCAAAAAAACCCACCAAACAUAAUGACUGUAGUUCGUACUGACCAAAUUAGAAGAGGAUCCACUUCUACAGCAGUUCUGCCCACUGGACAUCUUCUGCAGGACAAAGCAUUUCAGUGACAGAUUAAACACUGACUGGCCUUCUAAACACACAAUAACCCUCUAAUCAAUAUACUGUGCAUCACAUAAAACACAGAAAUCUCUUCUUGGUUCACUUCCUGUGGACUUUUACUGAUAGCAUAAUGUGUCUAGGGAGUGGACACCAGUAGUACCCUUCAGUAACACCUCUGGAAACUGGUAUUCAAUCCUCACGCAAUGGGAAAUGGAAUCCAUCCAACUUGUUCAAGCCUUGUUCCUUGUUUUGAUUCAGUAGACAAAUAAGAAAACAAAUGUCUUGUUAAACUGCAACACCAUAAAUAAAAAGUCCUCUUAUACUGUCUUUUUAUAUUGUCUUGUUAGAGGCAGAAAGAUUCAAAGUUCAACAGAAAACUCAAUACUCUCUUACGUUCUGGUGCUAUUCUAGUAGCUACAGGUUAGAAAAUUGGUAGCAAAGAAGCAGAAAGUGGAGGUGUUGGGAAGGGCAAGCCUCCGUAAGACAAUCAUUGAGGAAAAACUGCUCUUUGCAAGUAAAUUGAAAAGCAAGCUUCUGCACAAAAAGAUUAGGACACUGCUAGGAAUACUGCUGGAUAUUUUCUUAAGUGUGACUGUUUUUGCUCUCCAGUGUUGUAGACCAUUCAGAAGCUUGAAAAUAAACUUGCACUCCUGGUGUUUGUAUUUGA